AUGUCCCCGACGGAGGUCGUCCUGAAGCACGCCGCCGCCUCUGCUCCGACCGGUAAGCACCGCCCCAAUUUUCAGCGACAGGAAAUCGCAAAAGGCAUGAAUUUCAGAAAAGCGCUCAAAAGGUUCUCAACUCUCUCCAAGAAGCAACGAACUGCCCGGAAUGUCCCCGACUGAGGUCGUCCUGAAGCACGCCGCCGCCUCUGCUCCGACCGGUAAGCACCGCCCCAAUUUUCAGCGACAGGAAAUCGCAAAAGGCAUGAAUUUCAGAAAAGCGCUCAAAAGGUUCUCAAUUCUCUCCAAGAAGCAACGAACUGCCCGGAAUGUCCCCGACUGAGGUCGUCCUGAUGCACGCCGCCGCCUCUGCUCCGACCGGUAAGCACCGCCCGUGUUUUUUUUUCUUCCACGGCGAACUUCGGGGGGAUUCUAGAAGGUUAUCGUGGCGAAGUGCCCCUCUGUCCCCCGGGAUUAUCCUCACGGUCCCUCUUCGCCAACCAUCUGACAUUUGUGUUUCAGGUAAAGCGCUCCAGGACUUUGCCGUCAACAUGCAAGCGGCCGCCCGUGUCUCCAACGGACUCGCCCUCCAGUCGGCACUCAUCGACGGAUUCGUCCCGCCCGACAAAGUCAUCUCCGAACUGCUCCGCUUCGGAUCGAUGACGCCGAAGGAAGUGAUGUAUCUGGAUGUCGCUGGACUCAAAAACCAGACGGAGCAACUGAAGGGAAAGUCUGCGAAAUUGAAGGAAACGGGGGAAACGAAGAGCUUCGAGGACAAACUCGCCCAAAUGAACGAGAUCCGGACGAGUAAACUCAGCAAGGAAACCAUUCGGAAGCUUCCUCUUCUCGAUGACUACGUGAACGAUCUGAAGAGUGUGGCCAACAAGAAUAGUCCCGUGCAGUUGUUGAACGGUUUUGUCACUGCGGUGAAAAAGCUGCACGACGAGCUCGCUGUAGUGAAGGACAUGGAGUCGGACUCGGAUAAUUCGAAAAUAGAUGACGACAUUGCAGCGUUGAUAUUAAUCAAACAAAAAUUGAUUGCCGUUCAGACUGGAGCGAACAACUUUCAUACCAAUGUGAACAACGUCAAGAAUCUCGGAAAUCUGGGAAAAGGAGGCACAGUUCUGGCGCCGUUGAUCAACGAGAGGGAGAUCAGAGACAAGCUCAAACAUGACCCUUUGCCAAGCAUUGGAAAUCCGGACAUCAAAAAUAACAUCGAGACAUUCAAAGACAUAAUCGACCUCUUCAAUGUCAGAUUCCCCGUAGAGAAGAUCGUGGAGUUCGCGGCCAACCGUCUGUCGAAGCAACUUCCGAAGGCCCAGCACACUGACGGAUUCCCGCACGGGCUGGCCGACAUGAAGAAGAUGUCCGACGAUCUGCCACGUGUCGUCCCGAAGUCCGCCUCCGAAGUCGCGAAAGGACUGCUCCCACUCAACAGAUUCGAGGAUAAAUUGGAGGACGUGGAGUGCGAACUGAAGAAGAUCGGCGAUGCUCAUCUGAAAGCCGCGGAGAAUGCCGCCGCAUUCAAAAACGGGAGCGCCGAGCAGGCAGCCAAGAAAAGCGUUCGAAAUGCGAAGUUGACCGAUUUCGAGACGUGCCAAAAACAGUUCGGAUCUGCUAAACUUGAUCCGCCCUCAACCGAUAUCGAAAACAUCAUCACAGACAUCAAUUCGUUGGAUGAUAUUGUGAACAAACUUGGCUCGUUGAGAUCUGUUGAUGAUGUGAAGGACUUGUCGAUUCUGAAAACUGCUGUAACCUUCAAAGGAAAAGACGACGCAUCGAAGGCUGCUGAGACUCCGGGCAUGGUCACGAAUCUGAAGAUCAUUCCCCAACUGAAUUCCACUAUUUCUACUCUCAAACGCCUGCAGAACGAGCUCGAACCUCUCUCAAAACUGGUCCCUUUUGCGAACAACAUCACCGCCGGUCUUCAAGACAUACAAACGUAUCAGACGGAAUUGGCCAAAUCUGGAUACGCGGACUUCUACGAUUGUUUGCACGAGAUCGGAGAAGACGGCGAGCUGGUGAAAAGGAUGGUCGACGUCAUCAAGCAGUUCCGCAACGACCCGAAAGCUCCGAUAUUCGCCGAACUGCAGAACCUUCUCGAUAUCGUGCAGAACGCGCAGGGCGUGUUGGAGCCAGCUCGGCAGGCGGGAACGGGAAUCAAGGGGAACACGGACGCGGACGCGACUGCUCUGAAGACGGCGCUCCCGGAUGCUCAGCAAGUGGCCCACAACAUCACACGCGCUUCGCAGGGAAUCGAUCAGAUGGUGCUGGCCGGCGGGAAGAAAUCGGAGCUGGAGGCGUUGAAGAAGAUGGUCGGCGGCAUCAGUAAGCAAGUGAGCGCAGUUUUGAGCUCGGACACCACUUCCGCCGCACAUCUGGUCGUUCUCGACGCUCUACAGACGUCGUUGAACGGCAUCUGGCAUGGUAUCGGAAAGGUCGAGACGGCCCUGAGAAGGGCGAACUUGACCGACGGACUCUCGACGUAUUCGGCCGCGUUGACGGCUGCCAGCAAGAUCCCUUCGAUUGAUUUCAACGCGAGGAAGAUCAGGGAGUCCCUCGAGUCGCUCGUGCAACGGAACGCUUAUCUCAAGACCUCUCUGGACCCGAUCUUGCGCAGUCUGGGCAAGUUGGAACCGCUCGAUCUGAACUUUGCCAACUACAACUUCUCGGAGGCGAUCGCCUCGUGCAAGGCUCUCGACAACUUCCACAUGAAGCACGCGAUGGUAUCGGACUCCUCUGGUUCCGGGAACCGAGGUGGCGAUCCUUCGAAGACCUCGAUCGCCACCAUUCGGCUGGUAACUGAAGCGAAAAAAUUCGAUCCUUUGUCUACUGAGUGAGUGAAUUGAAAACGAUGCAUGUUGACCACUUUUCUUUCAGAAUGAUCUUCGUGUACAGUAUCUUCGCCGUCGCCCUAAUUUCUGCACUUAUAACUGCCAUUCUCGCUUCGCGCAAGAAAUGGUGGUGUUUCAAGGAUGAUGGUGACGUUGAUGAUGAGGAUGAUGAAGUGGAUGAUGAUGAAGACAAGACGCAGAGUAGAAAGAGCUUUGCGUUGCGCACAACAUUUUUUCCGUUUCAGAUGACUCUUUUAUGGAGCUGGUGCGAAUGAACACGGACGAUCAAGUGUUCAAGAUAUUGGACAGCACGAUCAAGUACGCGAGAGAAGUUCGGUACAAAGAGAAGGCCGCAAUGGGUUUGGGCACGAGUCCUCACGUAUUCGGCAGAGGCCUAGUGAGCAGCAGUAAGCUUCAACAAGUACACGAGAAGGAGUACGAGAAGUACAUGAGGUGAGCGAGCGAGCCGAUUUUGAGCCGAGUGAGACGCAAUCUGGAUAUUUUAGACACGAACUCAUCUAUUGUGGUAUUAUCGAUCGUGUUACCGUGCCCGGAAUCGAUUUCAUUCACGGAAAUGUGAUGAAUAUUCAAGGACAAAGCUACCUCAUGAUGCAGGUAUUGUGAAUAUUGUGCUUGCAGGGCACUCUCCAAUGCCGUUUAUUUGGUGUAAUGUAUCUCAGCUGUCUGUAGAGACAUCAAAAAGUUGUCAACUGAUAAAAUACGCAGAAAGACAUUUUUAGCAUUUUAUCAGCUGACAACUUUUUGAUAUCUCUACCGACAGCUGAGAUACAUCGCUUCGAAUGAACAAUAUUCACGGUAUUCACGGAAUUACAAGUUGUGAAAAGCCGAAAACCACUGACUUGUUACAGGCGCCGUUGGACGGAACCGAAAAAGGACACAAAACGCUCUGGGGGGGCAAAGGAUACCUGAGCUCGACGAUUGCGCACCACUACGCGGCGCUGGAGCACUACAAAGUGAAGCGGAGCAUUCAGCUCGGCAAGUUCGUCGAAAUAGACGAAGGAGUGAAAGUUGUGAAGAUGUCUACGUACUAUCCGCAGGAGGUGAACGCCGAGCAAAACUGGGACCACUACACUGUCAAGACGGUCGACAUCCAGACCAAAUUGCAGCAGUUCACUGUCGACCGGGACAAGUACACUCUGUUCAAAAUCCGAGUCACAAACACGUGAGUAACCUGCGUAAUGUCACCGAUUGCCACGUUCCCCGUUUGCAGCAAAACCAAAAAUACGUUCGAGUUUGAGCACCUUCGCUUCUUUGGCUGGCCCGAUCACAGUGCUCCGCGCUCGCCGGUCCCCGGUCUCGAGAUGGUCGCCUACUUGGAGCAGGACAGAGCCCCCGUCCUCGUGCACUGCUCGACCGGCGUCGGUCGGACCGGAACGCUUGUCGGCAUCAAAAAGGGCAUCGAAUUGUGUCUGGCAGGACAGUCUCCGAACCUGAUAAACUGUGAGUCGAAUCGUAGCGAAUUGGUUGCUUUGAGAAAACGCCGCUUGCAGUGAUCGACGCGAUGCGCAAGACACGUUUGAGAUCUAUUCAGGAUGAGAGUCAGGUGUGGUACUUGCUGAUGAGUGUUGUUGUGGGCUUGAUGAAGGUUGGUUUUGAUCCAUCAUGCGCUUGGUUUUACAUUUGGUUUUUCAGCUACGAGGCGGAGAACAAUACUACGAGCAGUUGGACGAGAUAAUGUUCUAUUUGAAAGAGACGCUCGACGAGCAGUUCAUCGACUCUGUGUGCAAUGAAUUGGGCUACUUCCGCAACGAUGACACGAUGAAAAUGUACUUGGCUCGCAGGGACACCUAUCUUGCGAAUGCGAGGAAGAAGCACGUGGCGAGAAAGAAGAAAUAUGCGGGUCCGAAUCAGCAAAAAGUGACGGCCGAAUCCAUUGAAGCGGACGCUGCUCUUUUGCGGAAUGCGGCGGCCGAAGAGAAGAAGGCGUUGAAGGCGUUGAAGGCGGAGAAGAAGAAGAAGAAGACGACGACGACGACGACGACGACGACAACGACGACGGGAAAGAAGGGCAAGAAGCAGGGGAAGAAGGAGAAGGGCAAGAGCAUGAGCAACGAGUAG